GCAGGGCUAGCCGCCCAAAAAGGCAGACCAUCCGUCUAUUUUACCGCUACCUCUCUAUCUCUCUCAUUUCCAUCUUGAAACGUAAGAAACCGGACGACGGUGGGGGCUGAAUCGCCCCCCCCCUAUCCCUCCCCUCCCUCUUCUUUAAAAACAAUCGUCCGAUCGGAGAUGCUGCCGCAGCGGCUUCGGGGUCCUGGGCGGGCGAUCUUCAGAGCCGUCAGCCCGCGAGCGUCGCUGGGCGGCGAGGCUGGCGGCAGCGGCGGCUCCGUCUGGGAGAGCGUCAGCCUUCCCAGCCUGAGGAGGAAGGCUUCCAACACCUGGUCUGCGGUCCAAGACACCUUCCUCUCCACCAAGGAAAUUUUCGAGAAACACAGGGUGGUGUUCACUGUGGGCACCUCUGUAGCAUCUGUUCUAACAGCAUGGGCAGGCUAUUCUUUACGUCAGCUUCAUCAGUCAAAACUUGAGAAAAGGCUAGAAUCAAUUGAGCAAACUUUAAAAAGUAAUUAUGAUGUUGAACAUGAAGAGAUUAAAAAGAUUGUUAGUUCAGGAAGUGUCAGCACUGCAGCUUGCUUCGCAACAGCGUGGACUUCUUUGCUUCUUGGCUUGCUUUGCAAUGUUGUUCAAUUAUGAAAAGAGCAGGUUAUGUAGGUGCAUAGAAAAUUUGAAAAAGUUAUGGGAUUUGGUGGGAAAUGUGGAGCAACAGUAGCAUUUGCAAGGAAAAGAAAAUAAAUACAGGAUCAUUGACGUUUAGUAUCAAUAGAAAGGUCGAUAAAGCACAAAAUAUGCAAGCAGGCAGCUCGUCUCAUAGGAUUCAUUGGCUGGCCCAAGCUAUAGGCGAGCUACUCAAAAAAUUCAAUAGCAGAUAUUUUUAGCAGUCCAAGUUCCAGUUUAGCUUUCUUGUCUUGUUAACCUUAUGUUCUGUGCAUGUACACUCAGUUGUUACUUUAUGUUUGUAAUAUGUAUCAAAUGAGUUUUAAUCAUGUCAAACUGUUAUAUUGUUUGUGUUGUAUCACAUUUUAAGGUGCUAUAUCAAAUUUGAUUUCUCCUGAACCUAUUAUUCAUGGUGUGAUUGAUCCUGCAGAAUCAUGUUUAUUUAAUCCAUCUUGAUCUUGUCUAGCUGCAUCUAAUUGAAUCUAGUUCAAUUUAGCUGAAUUUGACCAUGACGUGUUGAUGCCAGCUAAAUUGUAUAGAAACCUAUGUUUCGGUAAGUACUUCAAGAUUCGCGAGAAUCUUAUAGGUUGAUUUUUCCACUCAGUAGGUUACAGAUAAAUUGCUACAUAAGCACCAGUCUGCUACCUUCCCAUAUUUCCACUACCUAUCACUCCUCAUAGGAUUCCUUUUCCUUUUUAAUGCCUCAAGAAUGUGGGAGGGGCUGAGAUGAGAGGUCGUACAUUAUUACUUGGAGAGUAGGAGGUAGAGAGACAAGGCAGAGAUUAACUUCUUAACCUUGAAGGAGGUGGUUUAGAUCAAUUCAUAUCUUCCUCUUGAUCACCUCAAUUCUUUUUUGAUAGUUUGUGAUAGGAAUUCUCAUGUAGUUAUCAUUCUCAUUGCUUUCUCUUGUUUGGAUCUCUAGGAACUGAACUAGAUAAAUACUGGGAGAAGGAUCAGACUUUAGAUUAUGAAACUUUUCGUUCUAUGGAUGAAAUCUUAAAUACCAUACUUGGUCUUACUUUAGUUGCCUUGAUAGCUCCUUUUUUUUCUUAUUCUUGGCGAUCAUUAUAUCUUAGUGUUAAAUGUUAAUUUUGAUGAUGAUCAUACUUCAUGAAUAUGGUUUGUCAAGGGUGAUUUGUCAUCCUUUGUUUUGAACUGGUUGGGCUGAAAAAGGUAUGGAGGCCGGUCCCUGAAAAAGGUAUGGAGGCCGGUCCCUUUAUGCCCAUAAAUUGGGAGGGAUGCUUGAAACAUUGCAAAUCGUUUGAUCCGCAGGGUCAACCUCUAAAUUGGUAAGCUGAUCUGGAAUAUUUUGAACUGCCAGUUUUUGCAUGAUCACAUCGUUCCAUACCAUCAAAACCAAGUUAGGCUGAAGAUUGUUAGAAAGUGAAGAAGAUUUAAACAUAAUAGGACAAUGUAUUGUUCAUGGAACUGGUAAGAGAGAGUAUUAUCCUGCAUCAAAGGGACCCAUUUAGGAACUUUGAAGAAACUCUUAAAGAUGAAGUUAAGAUCUCGCUACUCUUCAAACAGUUUUGGUGAUACUUUUUGGUUCGUGCUCCUUGUGUACAACAAUUGUUAUGCAAUUUGCAUCAAUUGCUUUUUUUUCCUACGAUAAAUUUUCGUAUUGAGUACAAAUUGGCAACAACGGGCAUCUGUUUAUUUUUUAA